UCAGGCUGAGAAUAAAGGACUAGGCACGACAGAGGGGAGAGCUGAGGAACAAAGCAUGGUCGGCUACCUACACGCAUUCAGGCUGAUGUUUACAAAAAUGACGUGUUUGCUCCUCCUUCCUCCCGCCCCUUCUCAGUCUUCUCCAAUCAGAACACACCAUUGCUUCCGGGUCUUGGGCCCUGGGUGGUCUCUAUGACAACCGACGCCAGACUUAGCACCUCUGCUCCUUCCUCGCUGCAGGCUGCUCUCUAGAGAGGCAAAUGGCUGAGACAGAGACUGUAGGGUUGUUGGAGGUACCAGUGGUUGAGCCCGUGAGUUCCUCGAUAGGUCGGGAAGAGUCGUGGGGCCCAGCGCCCGAGGUGGGACGAUGUAUGAAGUCUGCCGUCCAACCCUUGUUGGAGCCCUUGGAUUUCUGCCAAAGCUACUAUCGGGGGUCCAUUUCAGACGACUUGAAAAUAGGAUUUUUCGCAACAGAUCGUGCUACUCAGACAGAUAUCACUGAAAUUUUGGAAAUAAAACAGCUAGUUGAUAAAACAAGAAAACUAGUCACGCUUACUGAUAUCCUUCAUCACGAUUUUAAAUCCCUCAAAAUAUUCCUUGAAAUGCAGUUUGAUGAUUGUCUGAAAUUGGAAUCCAUGAAACUUUUUAGAAAACUACAGACUAUUAUUGAUGAAAUAAGACUACUUCAUGAAAAGAACGAGGCCACAAUGAGACAAAGCUUCUAUAAGCAGUUAUGUGAUGCCAUUGCUUCAAUCAAAGGAAACUACAUGCAAUACUUUGAAAUGGAGCCAGAACAAGGAAAAGUACAGGGAGUGAGUCUGUCCGUUCUAAGAAAAAAGAUUCAGGAGAAAAAUAAAAUAAUUGAAGAUUUAAAAGAAGAAUUAUCACUCUAUAAACAAAAUGAAAUUUACAAGUUGGAAUUUAUGAAGGAAGAAUGCAAUGACAAAAUAAGCAAUCUAGAAAAGGACAUUAGUGGACUCAGAAAAGAAAAUGAAAAACUACAGAAGUCGAUUACAGAACUUGAAGAUGACCUUCAGCUCUGUGAAAAGACAAAUAUGCUCUUAGAAGGUGAAAUUAUGGCUAUGAAACAAAGAAUGGAGGAGGAUCAGAGACUCAUUACCAAGUUAACUUCAAUGAAAGACAGAUUAAGUGUGGACCUUGAUCAUGAGAAAGAAGCAGUUCAAGAGAUGAUUGAACAACAAAAGAAAGAAAUCAAAGAAACGAAAAAGGUUCUGGCAGUUCCAAGACUAAUAGCCAAGGCCCCUACAGAUGCCAGACGGGCGACAGAGGACAGGGGGAUGAUCGUGCGUAAGAUUCCGGAAAUAGCAAGACCUCCAACCAGAGAAGAAAAGGUAAGACCUUUGCCGAGAGAGUCAGUAAGUACUAGAGGUACUAGAGAAAGUAUUAGAGAAAGAGAAAGAGAGCGAGAGAGAGAAAGAGAAAGAGAGCGAGAGAGAGAAAGAGAAAGAGAAAGAGAAAGAGAAAGAGAAAGAGAAAGAGAAAGAGAAAGAGAAAGAGAAAAAGCAGCAGCAGCAGCAGCAGCAGCAGCAGCAGCAGCAGCAGCAGCAGCAGCAGCAGCAGCCGCAGCCAGAGCACGUGAAAAAAAACCAGAGAAAGAUGUAAUAAGAUGGCGAGAAAUAGACACCAAUUUGGCAUUGGAAUCACAAAUUAAAAAACUGAAGAGGAUUUUGGAAGUACAGAGGAAACACAUCAGAAGUCUCAAAAUUUCAUCUGAUCAGGAUAGCAAAAUGUGGGAAAAGAAAUACUUAAUUCUAAAGCACAGACUCCAUGUCCUCAAGGAUGAGAUGUUUACCAGGCAGUCAUUUAUUCGCCAGUUUGUAACGCUUUCUGACACAUCCUUCAAUUAUCAAAACUCAAAGCCCUUAUUCAUAGAAUCAACAGGAAAGAACCAACCCCAGAAAGGGAAAAAAAUUCAGCGUACAAUUUUGCCCCCUAUAAGUUUUAAAACGUCUUCUCAGGAAAAUGAAACAGUAGAUGUCGUCCUUUCCUUGCCCCCUAUAACAAAAGAGAUGAUUGUAGAAGAAGAUGAAGAAAGAACUAAUGAUUAAUACUCAUAAUCACCAAUUCCCCAGUACUAAGGGGCUGAAAGCUGAGUAUCAGGAGAAGACAAAUGCAGGAAGAAGGUCUUGACCUCAUGGCCAAAGCCCUUUUACUUUACCAUACUUCCAGAUAGCCAAUUGGCCGGUUUCUAAAAUAAAUAUUUAACCCUUUUUCCCAUUGUGCCCCAAACUGUGCCUGCAAAGAGUUCCUGUAAUUGAAUAGGAAGCUUUGCAGGUCACCCCAUCAGCCCUCGAUGUAUCCUUUCCUCAAGUCUUUUUAAUGCAUGUUCAAGUUAAGGCCUGAGUCAGACAGAUUCCCAAGGGGCCGGCCAUAACCCUCAGUUCUGUGGCACUGCCCCCCCUGCCCACUCUAGGGCUGGGGCUAUGUUCUAAGGAACUAUCUUCAAUAAAGAAGCUUUGCCAAACAAGGAUUGUCUGUUGCCUUUAUUUAAUCGAAAAGGCAGGUCAGUAUUGGCCCCCAGCUCUAAGCAGUCACUUGGAAAGAAGCAGAAACAAAGUCUGACUAUGAUGCCACCUCCCCACACAAAGUGGACAUCUGGGCAGCUGCCUUUAAUGAACUAGUCUCCAUUAAGGAGAGCCUAAAAGGCUCAUGAUUCCCUUUUAGCAGCGCGCUGGCGCAAAGCUCUUUACUUACUUGAAGGGAACAUUCUGAUUUUAAAUACCUCCUCCCCAGAAGUUAAUUCUCUUCCGGGAAGUUAGAGACGCAAUCGGUUACUUUUAUUGAAAACCAAGAUUAAAGUGUGGGUUAUGUACCCUAUUUGAAGAAGAAAGGGCCACUUUUGUCCUCUUUACUUUCCUUCAUGCGUAACGUGCAGCGUGAUCCUUCCAAUUUCAUCCUAACCAAAAGUUCUGGGACUGUAGCGCCAGUAAUACGCUUUUGAGAAGCCCCCCUCCCCCAACCCAUUGAUAAGUUGGUUUUAUUUGAUAAGCUUCAAUUGCUCCUUAUUAAUCCUCAGGAAAAAAUUUUCUGACAGCAGUCACCUACAGCUGAAAUCCUCUAGCGCAAACAGAAAACUGGGGACAGACAACUCCUCUGUGCGUAAAAGGAAGCAAAAGAUUUAACUGGAAAAGGGCCUCGUUAUUCUCAACCCGUGUACAUGGGGUGGCACAGCGCAGCCCAGCAUUAUUCGAGCUUCAUCUACUAUGCACUAUAUACCACCGUCUCCAAAGGAUUGUUGCCCUAGAAACUUGUUUUAAAUCUCCUGCUAUAUAUCAACACCUUGUUUUAGCAGUCUUUGGCUGAAUUACAGUUACACAGUUUGGCGCUUCUUUCAAAUUUCCUCCCAUCACUUUGGCCAAAGAAAGGAAUUUUUCUCCUUUAGAAAUGAAUCGGCUUAAUUAGUAAGUAGAUUAAUGGCAAUUGCUGGUGAGUUGGUUUCCAGCAGAGUUUCACCAGAGAGGGUUAAUCGGAGUCAGGUCUGGAAUCUUUCCCAGAACUGGCUGCCAGCCAUUUCCACCAACCAAUCAACCCUACAAGAAACGGAACGAGUGAAACAGAGUUUACAUUCUCAGUGCCAUUAUGCCUGUCCUAAAUUCUUAGGAAGCAAGCUAACAGUUGGGGGUGCAACGUGUUGUUUCUUCAUUCCCGAAUAGCAACAGAAGCCUUUAAAGGUUUCAUCUUCGAAAUUGAUUUGGAUACCAAAAGAAAAUUCCAAGCAACAUGGAACAUGUCCUCAAGGAAAAGCGUUGUGGAAACUCCCGGGGCCUUUGGCAAUUUCAGACCUAGAAACGUUGCUCAAACCUCUCCAAACCAAUUCCUUUACCAAGAAUUCUUUCAAA